GCGGCCUUUGCGGGACAGUAUUCCGUCAGUAAACACGCUCGUGCCGCGAAGCGAACGGCGGGGUAGAAACGAAAGAACCGGGGAGCGCAAAAAGCCUCGCGAGCGAGUCGAGAGAGCGAGGACAAAAAUUCGGUUACGAAGGGAACGCUAGAAGCGCGAGAAAAGAAACGGACGCGGGCGGGGUGAAGGGGAGAGCGGGAGAGGAAAAGAGAGCAGAGCUAGGUUAGACUUGUAGUCAACGUUAAAAAAGAGGUAAAAUAGGAGAGAGGGAGACGAAAAGUGGACAGACGCGCGGCGUUGAUGAAAAAAAAUCAAUCCGUUGUAAAAUCCGCGUGUCCCGGGUCGAACGACAAGCAAGACGGCGGCUGUCGGGAGUGGAAAGAGGGAAGGAGAGGGGGGGGAAGAGGGGAUAAUGGACGGAGAGACUGUGAGAGAACGCCGCAGGGGAAACAAUUAAAGACCGAUAAAAAGACAAAACAAAGAAAGAGUACCUCGAUGAAAAAGGGUGCUGGCGUAUUUUUCAAGAAAUAACAGAAAAAAAAAACGGGAAAAAAGAAGGCUUUAAUGUACGUGAAUCGAGCGCGUGGUACGCUCCAAGCGGCCACAAAUGAUUACUGGAGCCGCGACGGCGCCACGGUGGGAAGAUGUCAAACGCCUCGCCGUCGUCGCGACUCGUCAAUGGUAGUGAUAACAAUAAAACUAACGUAAACGUUGCAAGCUCGGGACGUGUGUUGGGCAUCGUCGGACUGGAUUAUCGCGAGUUCAUUGAUAACGUAAACAACGAGGAGGAAGCCGACGAGGAGGAGGAGGAGGAGGAGGAAGAAGACGAAGAAGAAGACGAGGACGAGGAAGACGACGAAGUUGUUAUUAACGAAAGAUCAUUAGUUUCGUGCGAAAGUAUAAUUGAUACGAGUACGGAUUAUCGGGAAGUUGUACUGACGUCUGUAGGUGGUGGGUGCGCGGUAGGACACGUUGAAACGACGACGACGCCGGUCGUAGUGACCAGUUGUACGGCUCGUGCCGCAUACAACAUGGUAGCGGCGAUGAACGAUCACCUGUCGUCAACGUCGUCGACGACAACGACGACAAACACCACGAGAUCCGUGUCACAGUGCACCGGACAAAAUAACAAUCACAAAAUCGAUUAUAAUAACAAAAUCAUCAAAAAUACUAACGAUAGUGGCAAUAAUAAUAAAAACACCGCUGCCGCCGGUAUAAUCAGCUUUCCCUGCGAUUUUGAUCAUAUGUACGCUAGCAUGACCGACAGCGGUACUGCCGCUGCCGCUGCCGCAGCAACCGCUACGUCCGCACUCGGCGUUAGUCCUCUGAGAGGCAACGAGGCGCGUCAAAACGACCUCACCGAAGUCAAACAUCUCAAAGAACUGUUGUUACUUCAUCUCGAUCUCAUUCAACAACAGUCCGAACAAAUUGUCACCAAGGACAAACUUCUCGCUGCUCUUCGACAGGAGAACGAGACGCUGAAAUUACGUUUGGAACGUAUGGACAGGCGUGUUAAUCUGCAAAAAUUACGUUCAGAGAGUACAGAAAAUUCAGCCACCUCUGAUCAUACGGGUCCUUGUUCACCGCCGAAUUUAAAUUCAGUUGGAAUGGUGGUGACAGCGACGGAGCAACAGCAGCAGCACCACAUUAAAAAUCCCCAGAGUUCUGAAAAUUCAUUGCCAACUUAUGGGGAAAGUUUUAAAAUUCGUUUGAACACGAGUGGUGGUAUAACAACAGUGAAGCAAGAGCCACUGGACGCGGUGAGUAAGGGUGAGACAAAAGGUGACACUUGCGGCGAUUCCAGACUCGAAUGGGAAGCCAAGAAGAAAAGACGUUCAGAUCCGACUCCUCUGGCACCGUCAGGGGGUAAAAGAAAGCGUGGAGUUUCAUGCUCUUCCUCAAUGAGUAACGACACCACAUCUACCAUCCCAGAUGGCAAAUCAUCGGCGCACGAAUCAAGCAGAAAACAUGAUAAAAAAGGCAAAUCGCUGUUGAAGAAAGAGUCGUGUCUCACAACCGAAGAACACUAUUAUACAGCGGUCGGCGACCCUAAUUAUCCUCUCAAUCCCAAAGUAACUUCUCCGGUUGACAACUCUAGCUCUCUUGAAGUCCCCAAUUGGAGGGUCAAAAUUUACACCAGUUGUUAUACUAUGGAAGGAACUGAAAAUCUCGAUGACGAGAUAUUCAACAAGAGACACUUGAAACUUGAAAAUGACGAGAGACGUAGGAAACGAUGGGAUGUCCAGAGGAUAAGAGAGCAACGACACGUUGAGAAAUUAAAACAGCGUCAAGAACGUCAGAAUCACCAUGCGACAUGUUACAACACAAAUCACACAGGGCCAUGCGCAUCGAAUAUGGAAGAAGAGACAAUAAUAUCGCUGUGGCCGGACGUUGAUCAGAUCCAGAAUUUGCAGAUCGAUUCUCAAUUACCGGUUUCAGCAUUUGGAGCGCCUAUACCCAAUUUUUCUUCCAGUGAAUUUUCAUUACCUUGGUUGCAUACAACGAGAUUGAAAACCCGUCGACCUAAGAGAUCGACCGGCAGAAGAAAAUCUAGGAGAUAAGUUUUUAUUAAGGCACUGCGUCAUUAUUUUCGAAUUUGACAAGGAAAAAAGGAAUUUUAAACUUCUGCAGUGGAAUUCGACGACGAUGAAAAUGCGUUUUAAUGAUAUACAUAUUUUUUUUUUCGUAAAUCCUCUCGUGCGUUAUUUCUGCUGUAUAAUCUAGGGCACCAAAGAUCUUUUUACGAAUGAUUAUUUUUCCUUCUACUUAUUUCUUUUUUUUAUAUAUAAAUGAAAAACGGUAAAAAAACCAUAAAAACGAAAUUGUAGACCGGAGUUUGAUUAAUAGUGCCUUUUUUACUGCUUUUUUUCGUCUCGCCAAUUCAUCAUAUCUAAUACGAGAGCGCGCGAAUAAAUUGUAAUAAAAAAAAAAUGUAAUGAUGGUGAAUCGAUCGCCAAACAAAUUGAAAACUAUUUCGUAAUUCUCGGACUUAGCUAGUAAGAAACAAUGUUGCGAGAGUGUUUUCCCUCCGUACCGAACGAAUGAUUGAAAAUAUACUAUUUUCUGUGUGACGAAAAGUGUAUAGUCGCAGGAGAGCGAGAGAUUUGGACGAAUGUUGAUUUUAGUGAGAUGAGAAUUCGGUGUGUAGAAGAGCACGUGGAAAACCAUGCGUGUAGUGAACGAAACUGUCAAAUUCUUCCAUAGCGUGGAGAAUUAGAGUGUGAAAAAGAUAAAAUACGAGAAUCAUUGAUAAUCCUUUAGAUCCGUUAACUAUAAAUUGUAUAUUUUUUAUUCAUUGUACAUCACACACGAGAAACAGACACACAAACACGUACACCCACAACAAUCCGACACCGUUUUUGCUACGAAAAGAAUGUAAGAGAGUCAAAAUCGUUAUAAAAUGACGAGAAAUUGAAGAAACGACGAAGGAUAAAGAAUAAUGUGGUCUUUCUUAGCUGUUAAGCACUAAAACACGAAUCCAAAUACUUUGAUCGACGACCUUGGAAAGCAAGAGAACAAAUUCUCAAUGUGAACAAAAAAAAUAGAAACUUCAAAAACAAAUUCUCGUCAAAAUAAUCUAAAACGUAAGAUUCGUCGCAGAAAAUCUAUAAUUCCUCUAUUAAUCGAUAUAACCAUAAAUGAGUGUGUCACGGAUGAUCCAGAAGUUUUCGAGGGCUUGAGAGAAUAGAACAGCGACGAUAAUAAACGAAAAUAAAAAAUAAAAAAACGCCGAUCGGCCGUCCACUUAAAUUAUCAGGACUUUGUGGAACCAGAUUUUAUCUAACGAGGUUUAGAAGAGCCUAAAGAGUACAAUAUAUAUAUUGACGAUUGUAAAUAAUAAAAUUUUAGAUUAAAACUUAA